AACAUAUGUAAUAGUAGAGGCAGGCUCCUUCCUUCUCUGUUAGGCACAGAAAGCAUCAACACGCAGUUAUGCCCAUGCUUAGAGCCCUCUCUUAAUCUGGACUCAAGACAUCCCCAGCUAUAAACAAGCAGACCCUUCUCUACUCUACUGCACUUUCAAUGAAGAGAUGGAGGUGUUUUCCUCUAAACACUCUGAAGAAAAAGUUUACUCUCUUUGUCCUCGCUGCUUCUCUGAUCUGUAUUUUGCUUGUGAAAUAUGACAUUUUUGCGAGAACCCCCAUUUAUAUGGUGGAACCUAAACUUUUUUCAGGAAGUGUCGAGCAGAGAGAGCUUGUUACAAACCCUCCAUCCACUAAUAUCAACUGCACUCAAAUAUACGAGCAAGAACCUUCUGAAAUUGGGAAGAGUUUAGAGUUACGAAGAAAAGUUAUAUAUGACCUAAAAGAUGAAGAUGUAGCAUCAUUAACAAAAAACUGUGAUGCCUAUAAGAAACUUAGGAAAUAUGACAGUAGGCCAAUUUCCUUUGAUGAGAAAAAUUUCCCAAUUGCAUACUCCAUUGUUGUACAUAAAGAGGCCAUAAAUGUAGAAAGACUUCUGCACACCAUUUAUAACCCAGUAAAUGUGUACUGUAUCCACUAUGAUAAAAAGUCAUCUCUGGCUUUUAAAAAUGCCAUAACAAACCUAGCAAGUUGUUUUCCCAAUGUUUUUAUUGCCUCUAAACUUGAAACUGUAACGUAUGCCCACAUUUCGAGGCUGCAAGCAGAUCUGAAUUGCUUAUCCGAUUUGCUGAAUUCCACCAUCAAGUGGAAUUAUGUCAUCAACUUGUGUGGACAGGAUAUGCCUCUCAAGUCAAACUUUGAACUCGUCUCAGAGUUAAAAAAGCUUAAUGGCCGGAAUAUGCUUGAGUCUUCGCGGCCUUCCGAAUUCAAAAAAGAACGUUAUACAUAUCACCAUGAAGUCAAGAAAUUGGCCAAUUCUGGUAACAUGGAGAUGCCUGAGAAAACCCUUACCAUUAAAGAUCCUCCACCAUGGAAUAUUGAGAUGUUUGUUGGCAGUGCCUAUUUUGUCUUGAGCCGUCCAUUCAUUAGUUACAUUUUGGAUAUUCAUUUUUUAAAAGACUUUUUAACUUGGUCAGAAGAUACCUAUUCUCCUGAUGAACAUUUUUGGGCUACUCUGGUCCGUGUGCCUGGAGUUCCAGGAGAAAUUUCAAGAUCGUCCGAGGAUGUGACCGAUUUACAGAGCAAGACCCGUCUAGUUAAGUGGAGCUAUCUGGAGGAAAGCCUCUAUCCUCCUUGCACCGGUAUUCAUAUUCGUAGCGUGUGUAUUUAUGGUGCUGCUGAACUCCGUUGGCUUCUUCGAUCAGGACACUGGUUUGGGAAUAAAUUUGACCCUAAAGUAGAUCCUGUUUUAAUAAAAUGCUUAAUUGAAAAGCUUGUAGAACAGCAAGCAGAAUGGACACACUUUGCUUCAAGAUAACUUUUUUUAGCUGUGCAGGCAGACGACAAUCUAUUUCCUUUUUUUAUUCUUUUAAAAUAUAAUGGCACUUCCUCGUGUAUGGGACACACAUUUCAGGAGAUCAUUCCCUAAGAUUUUUUGUUACCAAAGACUAAAACUUUAAAUGUAAAGACUGAAAAAAAUGCUCAGAUUAACUUUAUAUAUUUUUAAAAGAUUCAGUGGUGAUGUUUAACUUGCACUGUGUAUAUAUGAAUAUUGCUCAGGGGUCUGUUCCGCGAUUGCUGUUUUCUGCAAAAAUGUAUGCAUGACAUCACUAAUGACCUACAAACAUAGAGGUUUGAUGCACACUGACAAGUCCGCUCAUAUCUCUUUGUAGAUCAGUUCAUGAAGCAGUGUGCAAACUGUAGAGAACAGAUGGCCUUGAACGUUUUCCCUUGCCAACAAGCCUUACU